AUGGCUACGCCAAUGGAAAGACUGAACAUCGUGCGACAGCAGCCAGGAAACGGUGUAUGCGCCGAGUGUCGAGAUAACAAUCCCGAGUGGUGCUGCCUCAACAGAGGCGUGUUCCUGUGCAUAACGUGUGCCGGGAUCCAUCGCCGGCUCCACAGUUCCAUCGUACGCUCCUGUCGCCUGGACUCGUGGAAACAUCACAUGGUGGACUCAAUAGCCACUAAAGGAAACUUGAAAGCAAAGGCGAUGUGGGAGGCAAACGUCCCUGCGUGCUGGUUGCCACCUUCUCCAAACAGCAGAUAUGUUGUGAAAGAGCAGUGGAUCAUGGCGAAAUACGACCGAGAGCAGUUCCUAGCAACAGCAGGAGCCAGCAGAAAGCCAUAUAUGUCAGGUGUCAAACAAGGCAUACUGUACAAGAGGAUGAAGCAGUCGGAAGUGUGGAAUGGGAGAUGGUUUGUACUGGCAGACAGACAGCUCUCCUACUUCAAAUCCUACCAUGACAGAACGGCCAAGACUGUUAUUUCUCUACUGCACAUGAACGUUACACUGAACGGACCUGGACUGGAGAGUCACCCCAACUCCAUGCUCAUCGCCUUCUGGGACGAAAAGAUCAAGAAGACCAGACACAUUUUUGUCUACGCUGAAGUCGGAAAGGAUAUAAUGGACUGGUUCUGUACCAUCAGAUGUGCCAAGAUCAGUUUAAUGAGAGAGAUGAUUCCAGAACUAACAGUCGAAGAGGCUGCACAGAGAGCAACUUGGGAGUUUUCCAUCUGGGGCAAUCUCUGCAAGACGCCUCCCACACAAAAGAAAUUUCAGAAGAGGUUCUUUGUUCUGGACAAAAACUCUCUCAGAUACUAUCAGUCACCAUAUGAUCCAUAUCCGCUGGGGGAGAUUUAUCUGGGGCCCUCCGUGAGAGGAUUUUGGGUGGACGAACAUGUCCCGGACAAACUCCAGCACUACACAAACGCCUUUAUGCUACACACUCCCUCUCGCUCCAACGGGGGGUUUCCCCUUCUCGCGGAGGACUCGGGGUCGAAAAUGGCGUGGAUCACGGCACUCCAGGACACUGUCAGAAACAGUAAGAGGCCAGCGGCAAAGACAGAGGCGACCCCUGCACCCCCUACCCCUCCUUUUGACACCCACAGUUACGAAGAAGAGGAUACUACAUUCACACCAAAUGUCACCACCGUUUACUAGAUACAUAUACAGAAUGCUUCUUUAUGUUGCUAUAUGAGAUUCACUUCGCAUUUGUCAUUUGUGUCUGGAUGUGUUG